AUGAUGGAUGUCCAACCCCCCCUCCGGCCCCGCCCACCUACUGCCGAUCUAUCCAGAUUCGACACAGCUCAGUCGGCAGAGUCCUCGAAGAAAGUACCAAUUGCUCCCCAACCCAGCAAACGCAAACGGGAUGUUCGAGCCAGCGCUGACACAUCUCGGGCCGCCUCUCCCGCCCAGGAGACCCCAGCGCCAAAGAAGAAAAAGGCCAACCGCGCAUGUUUCCAUUGCCAGAAGGCCCAUCUCACUUGUGACGACGCUCGCCCGUGUAUGCGCUGUGUGAAGCGAGGCAUUGGCGACAACUGUACCGAAGGGCACCGAAAGAAGGCCAAGUAUCUCCUCGAUGAUGAUGAACUCGAAGAGUUAAAGCGUACUAAAGAACGCAGCAACACAGAGUGUCAACAAACACCUAGCCUCCCGCAAACCCAAGUCAUAACGGGGCUUAGUUCCACCGACGAGGCCUCAUCAUUACUACCAGGUUUCUCUACACCAACAGAUCCCCUUUUCAACAUCACUUUCGAUCCAACUUAUACUUUUGGGUCUGAGGCAGCUAACCUCGAAUAUUCGAUUCUUUCCGCGAUUCUCAACCAGCCGGGCGGUUCACCGAAUUCCAACCCUUCACUUGAUCCCGCAGCGCUCACAAAUCCUAGCCCGACUGUCGCCAACGGGACUAAUGGUAGCCCUGCAUCCUUACAUCCUUCUGAACCAUGGGGUGGCAUGCCACAAACGCUUGGGAUGCACUACGCACAGGCGCAAGCACAAUUGCCCCAAUCAGGAAACGGAAAUAAUGGCCCUUCGGCCGGGUCUGAUUCGCGUUCGUUUGUUCGUACAACCGAGUCCCACCCUCUACCGUACAACAAUAGCAAUGGAAUUCAAAGACAAGGUAGCCAGUUAGCUUUACCAUCUCCACCUGCAUCCGAACCUAGCACUACAGGCGAAAUCGUCAAGCCCCGAGCAACAAGCCAAGUUGGGACAGGGAGUACAAAUUGGGCGUAUUCAGAUGGAGUGAAAAAAUAUGACUAUACUGAGGGAUAUCACUUCCUUAUGUCAUAUCUACAUGACCGCCACUUUGACAAAAACGACAUCCUACGUGUCGUCCGGGCUUUAGCCAUCGUGCGGCCUUCAUUGAUCGCCCUUCAAAUGCCUCUAGCAGACGAAGAUGAAGUGUUUGUCGAACGAUGUUUACAACGGAGCUUGGCCGAACUUGAUAAAUUGAUAUCAUUCAGUGGCACGCCAACCGUCGUCUGGCGUCGCACUGGCGAAAUUUGUCUGGUGGGAUUGGAAUUCACCAUGCUUACGGAGUGGAGUCGCAAAGAACUGUUAGGGAAGAGGACGUUCAUCUAUGAGUUGUUCGAGAACCAAUCGACGGUCGAAUACUGGGAACAAUUCGCAGCACACGCAUUCGAGAACAGUACUCGCUCAGUCAACUUGCACUGCGUUUUGCUAAAGCCUAACGGUGCCCCCGUUCCUUGUGCCUUUUGCUUCUCAAUCCGGAGGGACUUGUUCGACUUGCCAAGUUUGAUCAUCGGUAAGGAGAUUCUUUGA